UAUCAAACAUUAGGUGGUGACAUUGCACACACCAGCAUUCCAUGAAGAGUAAUAUAACAGUGACAAAACUAGUCACAGAUGGAUUCUACAGAGAAGCACUUCACCUCUUCUCCCACCUCCACUCUUCUUCUCCCCACCCACUUCACCCCUUCACCUUCCCCCCUCUCCUCAAAGCCUGCGCCAAUCUCCCCUCCCCUACCCACACCCAAAUCCUCCAUGCCCAUCUCCUCAAAACCGGCCUCCGAUCCCUCCCUCACACUUCCACAGCCCUCACCACCGCCUACGCCGCCACCCCUUCCGACGCACUCAAAUCAUUCGACGAAUUGCCUCAACCAUCUCUCGCUUCCUUCAACGCCGCACUCUCCGCCCUCGCCCCUAACGGACAAGCCCUCAGCCUCUUCACCCGUAUAGGGCUUCGCAUUCUCAUGCCCAACUCUGUCACCAUCGCGACGUUGCUCACCGCACGUGACGUCGGCCCCAUCCACGUGCCCCAGGUGCAUUGCUGCGCAAGCAAGCUUGGGGUUCUAUCUGAUGUAUACGUUGCCACCUCGCUUGUUACUGCUUAUUUGAGAUUUGGGGUUUUGGUUUCUGCUGGUAAGGUGUUUGAUGAAUUGCCUGUGAGGAAUGUGGUGAGUUACAAUGCUUUCAUGUCUGGGUUGUUGCAGAAUGGAGCUCCUCGUCUUGUCUUUGAUGUGUUUAAGGACAUGAUGAGGAGUUUCGAAAACGAGCCGAAUUCGGUGACGUUGGUGUCGGUUCUUGCUUCGUGUGCCACGCUUUCGUGCGUGCGUCAAGUUCACGGGCUUGUUGUGAAGCUUGAAGCGGGUGAUGAGGUUAUGGUGGUGACUACGCUCGUGGAUAUGUAUUCCAAGCGUGGUUGUUGGCAUUCGGCUUUCGAUGUCUUCGUUGACACGGAAAGAAGGAAUGUGGUCACUUGGAACUCUAUGAUUUCGGGGAUGUUGAUGAAUGGGGAGUGUGAGAAGGCUGUUGCUGUGUUUCAGAGGAUGGAGUGUGAAGGGGUGUUGCCUAAUUCAGCAACUUGGAACAUCAUGAUCAAUGGGUUUUCACAGCAAGGGGUGUGUGUGGAAGCUUUUAAGUACUUUAGGAAAAUGCAGUCUGCUGGUGUGGCUCCGCGUUUGAAAACUCUCACUGCUAUCUUGUCAGUGUGUGCAGAUUCUUCUGUGUUGCCAAGUGGGAAAGAGAUUCAUGGGUAUGCUUUGAGGGCUGAUGUUGAUAGGGAUGAUUUUCUGGCAACUGCCGUGGUUGAUAUGUACAUGAAAUGUGGACAUGCUUCUUGGGCAAGAAGGUUUUUUGAUCAGUUUGGUGCAAAACCAGAUGACCCGGCAUUUUGGAAUGCAAUGAUAGGAGGGUAUGGAAGGAAUGGUGACUACGAGUCUGCUUUUGAAAUCUUUGAUCAAAUGCUAGCAGAAGGGGUUCAACCAAACAGUGUAACAUUUGUUAGUGUCCUAUCUGCUUGUAGCCAUAGUGGUCAGAUUGAGAGAGGAUUGCAUGUUUUUAGAAUGAUGAGUAGAGAGUAUGGCUUGCAGCCAAAGCCUGAGCAUUUUGGUUGCUUGGUGGAUCUUUUAGGUCGAUCUGGUCAGUUAGAUGAAGCGCGUGAUUUGGUGCAAGAAUUAGCAGAGGCUCCUGUAUCUGUUUUUGCUUCAUUGCUUGGUGCAAGUAAGUGCUACCUGAAUUCCAAUCUUGGGGAAGAAAUGACGAGGAAGCUUCUGGAUAUAGAACCAGAUAACCCAGCUCCUCUGGUAAUCUUGUCUAACAUAUAUGCUGGGCUGGGAAGGUGGAAGGAAGUAGAAAGGAUAAGAGGGAUCAUCACAGAUAAAGAAUUGGAUAAAAUCUCUGGCUUUAGCAUGAUAGAAGUUGCAGGAUAAUUGCUUACAUAGAAAAAUUGAAAAACUUCAAAUGAAAUAUUUUUCUUCUGGUUACAUAAAGGUUUGUUACAUUUGGAGUGUUCUGCCAAUUCAAACUUCCACAGAAAAUCACUGAUUCAACAUCUCUUUCACUGCGAAUCCAUAGUAAUCGUCAAAAUGGUAAGCAGGUUCGGUGAUGAAACAAGAGAUGACAUCUCUCAGUGUAAUGACUCCGACUACUUUUUCAUGUUCAUCUACUGCAUAAAUCCUGUGAAUAGACUGAGAAGCAAGAGUAUGGAUCACGCUCUGCAGUGUGGAGUCAGGCUUGCAUGUUAUAGGCCGAGUAACUUUUCCAGCUUGUAGGGAUGCAGAGGCAAUUUUCGUAAUGAAAUCCAUAACAGUGAGCUUCCUGAAAGUCAAGUUAAAGGAAUGGUGAAGGAGAACAAUUCAAUCGAGUAAUUAGCUUUCUUACAAGCUUGUGUGAUAGCUGGAGCUAUAUCAAUUGCUUGUUUUCCUUAAAUAAAGAUGAAGAAAAAAACCACACACACAUGUAUAUUAAAUGGACAAUCAUAUGAGAUCAUGAGCCAUAGUUGUUCAAUAUUUUUUUUUAAACUUGUUCUCAUUUGAUUGAUUAUCUUCCUGUUCUGAUUUUUUGUUUAAACUUGUAUAUGUCUUCCCUCUAGUACCCAAUUUUAUAGGUUUCUCCCCUGGAGAGUUUUGUUGUUAAAACUGCAAAAUCAAUUUUAUAUCUUAUUUGAAGUUGUUUGCAGAUUAUAUGGAUGUUGCUAAUUAUUGUAAAAGAUGCAUGCCGUGCAGGUUCCUGAUUUUUCUACAUUGUCUCACCUAAAAUUGGAGAAAAGUUCAGUCUUUAGCAGCAAAUAUCUGAUAUCUCUUAUGCUUAAGGUUCCAACAAUUCUCUUCGUUGGCCCCUCUAUUACAGGAAGACCACCGAUUCGAUUAUCCCUCAUGAGCUUGAAAGCUUCGAGAAUCAAUUCAUUGCUCUGGAUGCUAAUAACCUGGACAGGAAAUAAAAUAAAAAGUUUAUAAACCUUCAAGCUGAGGGAACCUGCAAAUUCAAAACACUAAUCCUUGCCUUAUCAGCAGAUGUAAAUGGAAGUCCCAGAUCAGAUAUAGGCCUUUCUGCAAUGCAGUCAAACCAAUCUCUUCCUUUGCAUCCCUCAAGACCUUGGACAACUGCAGACUGAGUAAUGAAGUUUAUAAUGUCAGGUUUACCUGGUUCUAUCACAGGCACAUUCCUCAGCCUAUACUUUGACAGAAGCAGCAUGACAGUCAACAUAGCACUAUUUCUUGCAACUGGAAUAAAAGGAACACAGCCAUCAUUUUAUUUUGGAGAUGGAUAUGAUUGACAUCCAACACAACAAGAUCCAGAUGAAUAAAUAAGCUAACCAGCCUAACUCAGCUCGCACUGGCAUCCUCCAUUAGGGAGGUACUGUAACUUAAAAGAUUUUUUCCCCUCCAAGAAAGACAAAUGCUUAUACUAAAAAGCAAAAAGCUAACAUCAGCAUAAAACACAAGAACUUGAAGUUAACUCCAGAACCACCCUCUGCCAUUAUCAUGCUUACUGUGGUUGAUUUGAAGGGUUCUUCUUGCAGUAUUACUUUGUAGAAGUCCUCACCCAGGUUAUCAGCAGCCUGAGGAGCAUCUUUAGCCAUCGUUUGAUCUGCAGCAACACCACCAGCCACUGCAGCACCUACUGCAGCAGCGGUUAACCCAGCAAUUGCAGCAGGACCUGUCACUCCCAAUGCUAGUGCUCCCAAAGCACCAACAGUUCCUGCGCCAACUCCAGCAGCUGUUGCUGUACCAGCUGAUAGGGCAGCUGCUGCAAGUUCUGCACUCUCCAGCACCCAGAGAAUGAUAGCCGAAUAAUCUAUGAUGCCAAGAUACCUGUCUCUCCAAUCUGAACUAGCUCUUGCAUCUGGGUCUUUAACUGGAGCUGCUAAAAUGUUGCUUUCAGAUAGAAUCUUAACAGCUUCACCGACGGGUGUGUCCGCCAGAAUUUCAAUCACUGCCAAAGUAUUUUACAGGUUUCUGAGACUGAGUGACAUUAAAUGCAUAAGGUGAUAGUGUUGGAAUGCCUUUGUAUUGUUAAUCCCCUUACCUUUUCCUGUUGGAACUGCUGGAAAAGAAGAAACAGGAAUCUUUGCAAAUGCAUCUGUCAACGAAUCCUGCAAUGUCUGUGAUAGUUUCUUUCUGGAUUGCACGGUUUCAAAGUAGGCAUCACUCUUUGAAAGUGUGGGGCUACUUCUGACCUCUUGUGCUUGCGCCAUAUUGGGGACUAAAGGCGGUGUAAAAGAUGGAGUGGGAUCUGUGAGGUUUGUUAUAGUAAGGCCUGGCCAAGUUGGUAUUAAUAAUUGGUGUUAAACAAUUUUCAUAAAAUUGCAGCUUAGCUAGAGAAAUAUCUAGAUCAUGUUCAGUUUUUGGUUCACUUUAAAAUUUAGCUCUCCCUUUCUGCUGACAAAAGUUAGUAAGAGCAGUUGGAUCUUGUUACAUUUUUUGACUGUAUGAUGUGUUUGUGUGAGUCUGUGUGUGUGUCAUUUUAUAUACUCAGUUCACUCAUAUGACAAUAUAAA